AUGACAAAGUGGGCCAUAGAGUUAAGCUCAUUUGAUAUCACAUACGAACCUAGAACAGCAGUCAAAGGACAAGCGGUAGCAGAUUUUUUACUUGAAUGUGAUUCAGAUGACGUGGAAGAGGAUCUUCGUGGUUGCUUAUGGAAACUCUUCGUUGAUGGAUCCUCCAAUCAGAUGGGUGCAGGCAUUGGGAUCAAAUUACAGAUGCCAGAAGGUACAGCCUUAAGCCAAGCACUUCGGCUUGAAUUCAGAGCCACGAACAAUGAGGCAGAGUAUGAAGCGUUGCUGGCAGGAAUUAAGCUUGCCAAGGAGCUUAAGGUCAGGAAUUUGAAUGUUUUUAGUGACUCACAGUUAAUUGUUCGGCAGGUGAGGGGUGAGUAUGAAACCAAGGAUGAAACGAUAGAAGCAUAUCGUUCUGCUGUUGUGCGGGAGGCGACGAACUUUGAAAAAAUUGAAUUUAUUCAAAUUCCAAGGGAGUAUAACGAAGAUGCCGACCGGCUAGCGUGUAGUGCCUCGGGUUCUGGAGAAACAUUGGCAAGGUCGAAUGUACAAGUUUCUGAGAUUUAUAAAGAUUAUACUCCUCUUUAA